GAAACCAACACCAAGGAGUGGUACAACACUUCCGCCUCUCUGACCGUGAACAUAGAGGACGGGGACGACCAGUACCCUCAGUUCCUACCAUGCACAACCAUCUCCCAGGACCACAACCACACGGUUGUCUGCACCAACCCCAUCUACGCGGUCAACAUCACAGAAAAGGACCAGGUGAUGACUACUGCUUAGUGCUUUCAUUGUAGAAUUCAAAUUAUAUGCAUGUGCAUACUGCAUGCACUAUAGAUUUUUUGUAUUUAUUAAACCUUCAUUUAUUAACCAGGAAAGACACUUGAAGUUAGAAAUCGCUUUUGCGAGGGCAACCUGGCAGGAGUCAAUAUUUAACAAUUGAUUGAUUAAACAAUCCAUGUGAAUUCUAAGAUGCAGUAAUUCUCUGGUUUCAGGACAUGUUACUGAAUUUCUCUCCUGGUCCAAUUCAUGCCGAAGAUGGAGACAGAAGCCUUGAUACGCCUUUGCUCUACUCCAUUCUCUCAGGUGUGGGCCUACCUAAUAAUGGCUGCUUAAUCCAUAGUCGCCAAUAGGCAUUUUCAAGGCCUAUUGAGAGGCCAGUAGACUGCUCUAAUGUUUCUUUUUUGAAAGGAUUGCAUUGCAGCCUUACAGAAGUGAACUCAUAUGGUCAUUCUGUGUGGCAUUCCGUGGCCUGUGUAUUUACCUAUAACACAUGCCUCAGGUGCAGACAAAAACAGGUUUCAGAUUGACAACCAAACAGCAGAGAUCACAUUGACAAGACGGGUGGAAAAUAGACAUCUGACACCUAUAUUCCGACUACGCAUCAUGGUAAGAAAAUCUUGAUCGAAACAAUGAUAAAAGCACUAGUAUCAGUAGCAUGCGUAAUCAAAAAGCCACAAAUAAGACAAUUUUAAGCCCCGUACUAAGAGCCUUUUGAAAUCUAAUUUGGUAACCGAAUAGAUCUGAAAUAUGAUCUUCCUGGACUGUUUGACAUUGAAAACCCCAUCAAUCAUCUACAGGCAUCUCAGCUGAAUGACCCAAAGAAGUACAGUGUGGCAACAGCGCUGGUCCGGGUGCUAGCAGAGAACCGGUUCCCUCCCCUCUUUAACAGAACCACAUACAAGGGCUUCAUCAUCGAGAGCUCCAGCCCUGCCACGCUAGUCUCCACCUAUGGGAAUGAGGUGCUUCUCAUCCAAGCCAUAGACCAGGACUUCAUAGAUGUAAGCAGUGGGACAAUGUGUGUGUCUGACUAAAUUUAGUUAGUUAAAAGGGAUCAUAAACAAAAGUAUUUUCAUCCCAUCUUGGUUCAUGGUACAUCCUCUCUUGGUUCACCUUCCCUCCAUUUGCAGAGGGUGAAUCCAAAAAUGCAUUACUCUCUCCAGCCCACACCAGCCACAACUGGACUGUACCACAUCACCCAGGAAGGGAUUAUCAUCGCUAAGACCGACCGCCUACGACCUUUCGAGAGGCACAUCCUAGAGGUAAGGUCAUAAUCAGACAAAUAUAUACUGAACAAAAAUAUAAAACGCAACAUGCAACAAUUUCAAAGUUUUUACUAAGUUACAGUUCAUAUGAAGAAAUCAGUCAAUUGAAAUAAAUUCAUUAGGCUCUACUCUAUUGAUUUCAAAUGACUGGGAAUACAGCUAUGCAUCUGUUGGUCACAGAUAACUUUUUUUUAAAGGUAGGGGUGUGGAUCAGAAAACGAGUUAGUAUCUGGUGUGACCACCAUUUGCCUCAUGCAGUGCGACACAUCUCCAUCGCAUAAAUUAAUCAGGCUGUUGAUUGGGGCCUGUGGAAUGUUGUCCCAUUCCUCUGCAAUGGCUGUGCAAAGUUGCUGGAUUUGGCGGGAACUGGAACACGAUGUUGUACACGUCGAUCCAGAGCAUUCCAAACAUGCUCAACGGGUGACAUGUCUGGUGAGUAUGCAGGCCGGAAGAACUGGGACAUUUUCAGCUUCCAGGAAUUGUGUACAGAUCCUUGCGGCAUGGGGCCGUGCAUUACCAUGCUGAAACAUGAGGUGAUGGCAGCGGAUGAAUGGCACGACAAUGGGCCUCAGGAUCUCGUCACGAUAUCUCUUUGCAUUCAAAUUGCCAUCGAUAAAAAGCAAUCGUGUUCGUUGUCCAUACCUUAUGCCUGCCCAUAUCAUAACCCCACCGCCACCAUGUGGCACUCAGUCCACAACGUUGACAUUAGCAAACCGCUCGCCCACACGAUGCCAUACGUGUGGUCUGCGGUUGUGAAGCUGGUAGGACGUACUGCCAAAUUCUCCAAAAUGACGUUGGAGGCGGCUUAUAGUCGAGAAAUUAACAUUCAAUUCUCUGGCAACAACUCUGGUGGACAUUCAUGCAGUCAGCAUGCCAAUUGCACACUCCCUCAAAACUUGGGACAUCUGUGGCAUUGUAUUGUGUGACAAAACUGAACAUUUUAGAGUGGUCUUUUAUUGUCCCCAGCACAAGGUGCACCUGCGUAAUGAUCAUGCUGUUUAAUCAGCUUCUUGAUAUGCCAGACCUGUCAGGUGGAUGGAUUAUCUUGGCAAAGGAGAAAUGCUCACUAAGAGGGAUAUAAACAAAUUCGUGCACAAAAUUUGAGAGAAAUACAUUUUUUGUGCGUAUGGAACAUUUCUGGGAUCUUUUAUUUCAGCUCAUGAAACAUGGGACCAACAUUUUACAUGUUGCGUUUAUAUUUAUUUUCAGUGUAAAAACCUGGAUGAGUUUGUUAAACAGGGACAGUUGGUUUUACUAGUCGUCCCUGGCUAACUGUAUAGCUAGGUUAGGCCAAUAAGUGGUCCAGUAGUAAUACAACACACACUUAAAUUAAAAAAAUUAGCUUCACUUAAGAUUAGGGUUAGAAAUACACAUAGAAUCCUUUUUUGGCUUGAAUCUACAGUUCUCUGUAAUAUCAUUAUUUAUCCUUUAGGUGGUCGCUAUGGAUGAGGAAUCAGGUGAAGUUGCUAAAGCCUCAGUUGACAUAGAGCUGCUUCAAAGAGGCCAGCCAGGUAAGUACUGAGCAUUACUGACGCAUCGGGAUCAAAUACUUUUUCCCCUCACUGUAGAUGCAGGAAAGACAUCAAUUGAACUCGACCAAAACAAUGGAAAUGCCAUGGCAACGCCACUCAUGCGUCUCCAAUGGGGGAAAGAUUCAGAAUCUCCUCAUUGCCCCCCAUCAAAAGUUGCCUACAUUUAGGCUAUGGUAUUUCACACUAUUUUGGGGUAAAAUUCAGAGUAUAAUGAUUGUAUGGAUGUCAACCCCAAUACAUGUUCAUGUCAUUGUCACCAACUAACUGCAUUACACUUAAAAACGGCUUCAAGUACCACCACCGAUUUCUAUAUGGCUAGCUAUCAGAGAUGUUCACAAGUCUUUGAGGUAGAGUCCAAGUCAAGUCUCAAGUCCCUUUUGGCAAUGGCUUUCUGCCUGCUGUGGGUUAGGUCUUUAAACCUCGUAAAUUAUUUGAAGAGACUCCCUUGUUCAUUAGUCCAUACUUGUAUGAAAGAAAUCACAUCAGGCACUAUUUAAAUCAAAAUAAAUUUCCUUUUAAAAUGUAGACAGUUUACAUUAAUAAAAGUAACUGUACCGGAUAUGAAAAAAAGCAAACAUAACAUUUUUAAAGUGCAUGGUAUUUUGUGGCAGACAUUGCCUAUAUUUCACUUCAUUCUGUCACACAAACAGAAAAUCUGUAGGUGAGGGAAGAUAAAUUACAAGUAUAAAUGUAAACUAAAAUAACUGACAACUGUUCAAUAACUGCACUACUAAAGUGUCCUAUAUAUCCAACGUAAUAACCUUUAUCCCUAAAACAUACUUACUGACCGGGACACUUAACAGAAACACAAUUUCCUGUAACAAGUAGCAAAUUAUGUCCUGUGCCCUAAGACAGAGAACAUUUCUGUUGCAGACAGGUUACAUUUCAGAAAGAUCAAGUUUGUCAGCGUUCUUGCACUGAGCCUGGCAUGAUGAGGGCACAUGAUGAGGCCUCCAUGACUAAACACUCUCUCCACUGGGUCACUGGUGGCAGGCACAGCCAACCUGCUUGAGCCUUGGGAAGUCUUUUACAUGGAUUCUCCAAAAAUCCAAGCAAUCAACUUCAUUUUCAUCAAAAGGUACUUGAAUGUAGCGAAUAAUCUCUGCUCUGACAGAUGACUUUAUCUUGCUGAUCUUGUUGCGGUAGCCAGAGAACAGUCUGGAGGGUUUGGCAGGUGGUUGUUCUUUUUCUUCUCCACUACUGCUCUCCGUAACGGUGACUUUCCGUGCCUCAGCCAAAACAAGGUCUGAAAAAAAAUCAUAAAAGUAUGUGUAUAUUAUCAAGAAUAUAACAGUAUACAUUAUACAUGAAAACAAAUCAUUAUUAUUUGAAUGCAAGUGACAUAGAAAACGUUGCAUGCUGUAAUGCAUUGUACCUACCAAUCAGAAUCUCCUUCAAUUCAGCUUUAUCUUCAUGUGGUAUGAGGACAUCAUGAUCAAGCCAGAACAGGCAGAAAGAUGGGUCCAGCAGUGUAGCCAUUAUGUAUACAUCGUCACCAAAUGGAAGUUUUGUUGCCAAUUCAUCCGAGUGCUCCAUUCUGACAUUCACAAAUACCCCCUUGGCGUUUGAGUGACUGCUGCAGUGCUUUUACUAGACUGACUAGGUGACGACUUGUGCUCAGUAUACUUUGCAGAUGAUAGUUGAGUGACAAUACACAAGGAAGGGCAUCACUGGAGUCACCACUUUCUCCCCGAGUAAGGUCGGUGGCCUGGACAAAAGGGUCCAAAAUGUCCACUAGCUGGCUCCAUUCCCUUGGUGAUAAGCAGAGCUCCUUCUGUCCUUGGGACUCAAGUAGAGUAUUGAGGUCUUUGUUGAUUCAGAUUGAUGACUGCUUUAACAAGCCAGAGGAUGGAAUUCCAUCUGGUAGACACAGCAGCAGGGAUACUACGAUUGGCUCCGAACUCAGCUUCAAAUGCUUCUUUCAGACCACAGGUAGUAUGUAGUAAGUUUAGUUACCUUAGCCAUCACACUGUUUACAGUGAGGGAAAAAAGUAUUAUCCCGUGAUUUGUCCGUUUGCCCACUGACAAAGAAAUGAUAGUCUAUAAUUUUAUGGUAGUUUAUUUGAACAGUGAAGACAGAAUAACUACAAAAAAAAUCCAAAAACGAUGUAAAAAGUUAUAAAUUGAUUUGCAUUUAAUGAGGGAAAUAAGUAUUGACCCCUUCAACAGAAAGAUUUGGCUCCCAGGUUUUUAUACAGGUAACAACGAGAUUGGAGCACCUCUUAAAGGGGAGUUAUCUCUUACCUUUGUUACUGUAUAAAAAAAACACUGUCCCAGAAGAUAAUCAAUCAGAUUCAAAAUCCACCUGUGCCAAGCAAAGAGCUCCAGGUGUCAGGGACAGAUUGUGACUACACAAGGCUGGAAGGGAACAAGACCUCGCAAGCAGCUGGUGAGAAGGUGACAAUAGUUGGUGCGAUUAUUCGCAAAUGGAAGAAACACAAAAGAACUGUCAAUCUCCCUCGGCCUGGGGCUCCAUGCAAGAUCUCACCUCGUGGAGUUGCAAUGAUCAUGAGAACGGUGAGGAAUCAGCCCAGAAGUACACAGGAGGAUCUUGUCAAUGAUCUCAAGGCAGCUGGGACCAUAGUCACCAAGAAAACAAUUGGUAACACACUACGCCGUGAAGGACUGAAAUCAUGCAGCGCCUGCAAGGUCCCCCUGCUCAAGAAAGCACAUAUACAGGCCCGUCUGAAGUUUGCCAAUGAACAUCUGAAUGAUUCAGAGGAGAACUGGGUGAAAGUGUUGUGGUCAGAUGAGACAAAAAUCGAGCUCUUUGGCAUCAACUCAACUCGUCGUGUUUGGAGGAGGAGGAAUGCUGCCUAUGACCCCAAGAACACCAUCCCCACCAUCAAACAUGGAGGUGGAAACAUUAUGCUUUGGGGGUGUUUUUCUGCUAAGGGGACAGGACAACUUCACCGCAUCAAAGGGACGAUGGACGGGGCCAUGUACCGUCAAAUCUUGGGUGAGAUCCUCCUUCCCUCUGCCAGGGCAUUGAAAAUGGGUCAUGGAUGGGUAUUCCAGCAUGACAAUGACCCAAAACACACGGCCAAGGCAACAAAGGAGUGGCUCAAGAAUAAGCACAUUAAGGUCCUGGAGUGGCCUAGUCAGUCUCCAGACCUUAAUCCCAUUGAAAAUAUGUGGAGGGAGCUGAAGGUUUGAGUUGCCAAACGUCAGCCUCGAAACCUUAAUGACUUGGAGAAGAUCUGCAAAGAGAAGUGGGACAAAAUCCCUCCUGAGAUGUGUGCAAACCUGGUGGCCAACUACAAGAAACGUCUGACCUCUGUGAUUGCCAACAAGGGUUUUGCCACCAAGUACUAAAUCAUGUUUUGCAGAGGGGUCAAAUACUUAUUUUCCUCAUUAAAAUGCUAAUCAAUUUAUAAAAAAUUUGACAUGCGUUUUUCGGUUUUCCUUUAGUCCAUCUCUAAUCUCCAGUUGGUUUGGAUAGUUUCAACAUCAGCAUUGUACUCUUCACUAAAUUCUUCGCAUAGGCUGGGGUUAUCCACAUCAUUAUCAUCAUGAUCGUUGCUUGCUUUGGGGAAACAAACUGUGAAGGCCUUUUUCAUAUUUGCAGCGUUAUCACAUAUGAUAUCAUCUAAUUUAUGUUUAAUGCCAAAAUUAUCACAUAAUACUUCAAAUGUAUCACUGAUUCUUUCCCCAGUGUGUGACCCUGUGAAUCUAUCACAGCUCAACAGAACUGACUCCAGUCUGGGAGUUUUUUCUCUCUUCCAUGGCCAUGUAAUGGGCCGUUACUCCCAUGAAGCCCUUCAUGGUCCUCUCAGUCCAUAUAUCUACAGUGACAGACACUGAUUCUGUCUUCUCUAGGGCACUUUUGAUUGUAGCCUCUUUGUUCAGUGUUAAGUCAUGCAGGCGCCUGGUCAACGUGGGCCUACUUACUGGUCUAUAUUUGUCAUCUACCACUGAUAUGAAAUGCCUAAAGUGAGGGUUGUCCACUAAGGACAUAGGCAGGUUGCAGGAAAUGAUCAGGUCUUGCAGUAUAGCCUCUGUUAUGGCCUUCUGCCUGGGGUGGCCCUGGCUGUACACAUGGACACCUGUGGUGGUCAAGAAUGAGUCAAUGCUGCUCUGUCCUUCUGUCCCUGCGCUGGCCACCUUUGCUUUGCAGAAUUCAGUGAACCUGCAGAAGAACAACAUGAUGGAUAGUUGUUGUUGACUUGAGAUGGAAGUACAAGGACACAAACAAAUAUAUAUGGUCUUCGGAGAAGAGCGGUUGUCUAUUUUUUAUAUGGUUCACGAGUCUCUCAUCUAGAGUCCAAGUCAAGUCUCAAAUCAAUUGAUCACGAGUCUAAGUCAAGUACGACUUCAGUGCGUCUCGAGUCGAGUUUCCAUCUCUGCUAGCUAUGCUACCAUUUUACACGAACGGCAGUUAGCAGAUAUAUUUUCUAACCCCGAAAUGGCCUAUUUCUUAAUAUUAUGCAGCGAAAACAGCCAAACAUACUGUAUCUAAAUCGGAUUUUAGUAACCACAUUGUGAGCCUGUUCGAACACAAAAAUCAUCACGGAUUUGACGAACAUCCGCUUUGUAAAAUCUGAUUCUUGGAAUGUGCGCAAAUGACCGCAUCCUUUUCCCUCAUGGUCUGCGUUCCAUUGACUUCUUUACAGUGGGGUUCGAAAUGAUUGACAGCCUUGAUAACGGAGCUACAGUGUAUGGUAUGCUCCAAAAAAUUGGAAAAUUAUAUUAUUUUAUACUAAUCCAACUGCUCAGGGAAAGAGAUUUUGUUUAACAAGUAAUAAAAUAUAUAUAUUUUUUAAGGUAGGGGUCAAAAUUAUUGACACCCUGUUUUCAUUACCUUACCUGGCGAAGAUAACGGCACUGAGCAUUUCUAAAAUGUUUUCUGAGUUGGAGAACACAUUGGGAGGGAUCUUAGACCAUUCCUCCAUACAGAAUCCUUCCAGAUCCUUUAUAUCCUUCCUAUGUACUUCUGGACUGCCCACUUCAAUUCAAACCACAGGUUUUCAAUGUGUUUUAAGUCCAGAGACUAAGAUGGCCAUUGCAAAAUGUUGAUUUUGUGGACAAUUAAUCAUUUCUUUGUGGAUUUUAAUGUGUGAUUGAAGUUAUUAUCUUGCUGGAAGAUCCACUUAUAAUCUCCCAGUUUACCCCCCUCUCUCCCCUUCCAUGCACUGUCAAUCACGCUACUCCUGACAACAUGGACACAAUAGGAUGAGUUAAGCCAGGCAACUCGCUGGACGUCAAGCUGCUCGAAUUGCCCAGAAUGUAUUUUCUCCCCAUUCAAAGAAGUGUAGACUGAGAGACCGCUUACAAAACAGACACACACUUUCUCUUCAUCUGGGCUUCAGGCACAACGUUUGGUUGAAUGAGUAGGACUCUGCAGGGCUAUGAGCAUGAGUCGUUGCAAAGUGAAGAUAAUGGACCAGUUGUGUGGGCUGCUGGACUUCAUACGCUAACCCACCUCUCUUAUCCCUCCAUCUUUUCCUCCAUAGUUCCACGGACACCUUUCGGAGAAGAGCGGUUGUUCAGAGAAAUGGAUGUGAGGAUGGCCGGCGGUAUCAUGGGUGGGAUGCUGCUGAUGUUAGUGACCACCCUGUUCCUGCUGAUCCGAUGGGCCAAGAGGAGGAGACGGAGACGUGACCCGGCCGGACGAGGGGCUGUCGCCCUGGGGAAGCACCACAAUGUGGUAAGGGUUGCUCUAUGCACACAUAACACACACUGUAUCCACACACAACUCUCACACAAGGGCAACUAAAGAACACACACAAGUGAAAUAAAGAUAUUGAUCCAGGUGUUGAAAUAUUGAAUUACCAUUUGCUGGCCAGUGGCGACUGAAUGAAUGAUGAGGAAUGGCAAUGAUACAUACAGUUUAAGCAUGAAAAAACAUGUAAACCCACUGAGUAUUACAAUCAAACACAAUGAAGCAACUAAGGAUAGUUCACUUAUACAACUCUAAUCCGAGCUAAAUGUGUCAUUAACCAGGUUUCCAUCCAACCUUUUUAUGCAAGUAAAGUACAUGUCGGUAAAGAAAUGUCACGACAGGCCUGAUGGAAACAGAACAUUUGUUGGCAAACUUUCCAAAUGUCGACAAAACAAAAUACGCUAGAUAAGGUGGGAUGUUUUUGUGUCAGUCAAAUUAAUGAUGUGAGAAAUGGUGGUGGAAACGCCUUUAUGCGCAAAUAUUGAUAUAAUAACCAUCAUAUUGAAGUAAACUUGGAGUCACACGAUGAUAUGGUGCGUGGUCCUCCCACUACGACUCGGGAAACCAUGCAGUUUAUUAGGCUACUGAUGAAAUAAAGUUAUGAUGAACUUCACAGGGUGGUGAAAGUGCACAGUGAUCUUGAUGCUCCUUUCCAAUAAAUAUCAAGGGUCUGAUUCUGGUGACAUGAUGAUCGAUGAUUGACUGCCAUUUGACCAAUAAUCUCAUAAUGUAGACCAGCCUACCCACACUGUAUCUGCGAGCUGUUGGCUAGAGCGCACGUGCCCAGACCAUAGUAGGCACAUUUGCUAUUUAACGCAACAGUUUUUGUGACAAAACUAUCAGUAGAGUUGAAAAUGCAAUGGAAACACAUUCAACUUUAGAUUUUUAUUCGGUACAUGAAAACUUAAGCGAAAAAGUACAUGUUGUGUGCACUAGGACAUCACGCACUGAUUUUUAUCCGUAACAAGUCCAUUUGGUGGAAACACUGGUGGGAAGAUUAGCAUAUUUUCUAUAUGAGGGUUUUAGAAUAUUCGUAUGAAAAUCUGUCGCCAAUUGGAUGGAAACCCAGCUACUGUCUAAUCUAAACUAAUCGACCACUUAUCUAAACUACAGAGUAAUCCAAGGCAAAAAACCAUAGAGACUAAUAUAUAUAUUUUUAAACAUGUCUGUAAUGCCAUAUCAACCACAACAUUUGAGCCCUGACUACUAAACCAGUGGUCAGCACUACAAGUUAAAACUCAGCAUAUCAGACACUCUUUCCUUCCUCCCCUCCUUACUCUCUCUACGCUCCUGACGUCUCUUUUCACUAAUGCUGUUUAUGUAGAGUUUAAGGUGGUUCUAGAUGGUGAGUUUUUAUGCAUGCAUUGCUUUGACGUACGCACUAGAGUGAUGUUGUGGUUGUGACAGUGAGAUGGUGUAAUGUGUGUUAAAUGCGUACAUGUGAUGCACUUCCAUUGCAUAAUUAUGCAAAUGUAGGGAUGGCACCUGUGGUUGUACUGUGACGUUGUGGUUCUGCAUUGUGUUUUGUUUUCCCAAGAUGCAGCAACAAGAAAAUGUAGUGCAGCUUGAGAAAAUGUACUAUGGUGAAUUCUGUAAAUGUUACACAUUGGUGAUAUGUAACAACCCUAACACAAAAAGUAUUGGGACAGUGACAUUUUUGUUGUUGUUUUGGCUCUGUACUCCAGCACUUUGGAUUUCAAAUGAUACAAUGACUAUGAGGUUAAAGUGCAGACUGUCAGCUUUAAUUUUGCACCAUUUUAGGGGACCAAAAGUAUUUUGAUAAAUUCACUUAUGUGUAUUAAAGUAGUAAAAAGUUAAGUGGUCCCAUAUUCAUAGCACGUACUGAUUACAGAAAGCUUGUGACUCUACACAUUUGUUUGAUGCAUUUGCUGUUUGUUUUGUUGUGUUUCAGAUUAUUUUGUGCCCAUUAGAAAUUAAUGGUAAAUAAUGUAUUGUGUCAUUUUGGAGUCACUUUUAUUGUAAAUAAGAAAUGAAUGUUUCUUAACACUUCUACAUUAAUGUGGAUGCUACCAUGAUUAUGGAUAAUCCUGAAUGAAUUGUGAAUAAUGAUGAGUGAGAAAGUUAGACGCACAAAUAUCAUACCCCCAAGACAUGCUAAUACAAUAACAGGGGAUGUUAGCAUUUUUUGGUGGGUAUGAUAUUUAUGCCUCUGUACCUUUCUCACUCAACCUUACUCAUAAUUCAUUCAGGAUUAUCCGUAAUCAUGGCAGCACAGAGCCAAAACAAUAAAAAAAAUUGUCACUGUCCCAAUACUUUUGGAGCUCACUGUAUGUAAUAGUAUUGCAUAUGUAAUUAUUGUGAGUUUGGUGAUGAGGUGAAAUACUGACUUGCUUAUGUUUUGCAUCGUAGGCUGAAGCCGAUUUAUGGUCAGUACCCAACCCCAUAUGUAAGGGGAAUAUCAUAGAUUCAGUCAUAGAAUAGAUCUAGUAUCUUUCUCUAUGGAUUCAGUAGGCUAAUGUGUGUUGUGCUUUGAAUAUUUCGAAAACGGAGUGGCUGUGUGACCAGAUUCUCUAGAAGCUUCUUCCCGAUAGCUAAACAACCGUACCUUCUGCGUAUGUGGUAGUUCAUCAUAUCUUUUGAUGUUGCAUGAUCAUUGAAAAGCGAAAUAACUGUUAUAUGUUAUUUAUGGUUAAAAUGCAGUUUUGCCCCAAUUCAAUGUGUAGACAGGGCUAGGCUACAUGGUCAUGUAAGCUAAAUGCAUUUGGUUUCACACCACAUUAAGGAUAAGGAUAUUGAAAAAAAUACUGUUUGCGUACUGCUUAUGUUUGUGCUACUGCGAUAUCCUUAGUUACAACAGACAGAGAAGGUUGUAGCUACAUGUCAAUCAUGUCAUCCUAAAUUAGCCUACAAAAUAUAUAUAUUUUUGGAAUGCUCGUUCAAAACUCUGCAGGGUUUUUAUUCAACUGUUCAGAAAUGUGUGCAUAAAGUAACACGGACAGAAUAUGAUACAGUUGUUUAGCUCUGGGGAAGAGGCAUCCUGGGGGGCGGGGUAUGGGCAUGGAGGGGCGGUUUGAUCUGGUCGCGCAGCCUCUGCUUUUCGGAAAACACUGUCAAAUGUGCUGAAUUUGAAACAACACUGCUUUUCCGUAAUUGUCCAACGUACUUCUGAAAUUCUGAAAGAGACCAAUGAGACUUUUGCACAGACAAGGACAACACUGCAUCAGUUGGAACAUAACAAGUCACAAAGCAACCAUUUCAACUCAAAGCAACCCUCUAAAUGCCCCUUCUUUCCAUGAUCGACAGGUGAACUCGGGCCGGCCCAUGAUGCCCCUGAUCGAGGAGGUCUCCUACCAGAACGAAGGGUUCAGAAUAAACUACGAGGCCUCAGGAGGUUCCGGAAGCCUCCAUGGAAGACAUGGGGUCUACACCAGGAAACAGUCGCUGAUCCCACCACAACCACGCUCCCACAGCAGCCAUCCAGACUGCGGCUCCAGGACCGUAACAGGUGACAUGCUGCCUAUACUGGUGAUGCCAGAGCCCCUGGUUAAAGCACUCACUCCCUCCCUCAUCUCCAACGGCAGGAAAGCUGACAGCACCAUCAGCACGGGGGCUGUGACGAAAGACGAGAAGGAGAAGAAUAAGCAGAGGGAUAUGGAGAAGGAGGAGGAGAGGGAAUGGGAGAAGGAGUGGGAACGCGCCGUUGGCACAAAAGAGAAGAGAAAUUCCGAGGGGGAAAGGACGGACAAGUCGAGAUAUGUUUUGGGUGCUUCUAGUGGUGCUUCUAGUGAGAAUGCAGAUGUAAGCGAGGCCUCUGAGGACCAAACAAACACAGAAAAGCCUCAGAGCCACAGGAUGAAAACACACCAAAUCAGAGAACCCAAAGACGGAUACAAAAGCACUUCUGAAGAGGAGUCUGAGGCUGAAAAUCAAUAUAAGACUAUGCACUCUUAAAACCAAUAUAAGACAAUGUGAUCUGUCAUUCAGACGAUUGACACAGCCACGGAGGACGAACCUGGCGACAGGUCCCGUUACUCCAGCAUCAGGACGUCGAGUGGGGAAUCGCAGCGCAAGGGCUCAGCGAAACAAACCGGCGAUCAAGCAAACAGACGACCCACAGAUGCACCAUUCAGACUCACACUCUGGGCUUCAGACUCACAUUGAGGAAGAUGCACCAUUUAUUCAAAAAUAA